AUGGCAGCAGUACAGCAGCUCGAGCCCGUGCCGACCCCAGCCGGGCCCCAGAGCAUCAACGACGAGACAUAUCACAGUGACGCUGAUAUGGGAAGAGAAUCACCUCCGGCUGCCCCUGAUCUGGCAUUUGGAAGUGGCCCUCAGAGAGGAGACACCAGGAUUGUCGUGGUCAUUUAUGGACCAGGCCAGGAUAAAAUCGUUGCCACAUUCGCCGAGGUUUUAGGGAAACGAUCUCGACUAAAAACCUGUUUCAAGGAGAUAACGGCAGAGGAUCAGGACUGGGUUGUCGGGCUUCCGUCAGAAAGUGCGAAGGUCGAUAUUGCGGAGAGGGACAGGAGGCUGGUUGUCGCCAUCAACGCCCACUGCACUACCUUAGGGAUGCCCCCCGACGUCUAUCUUUCGGCUCAGUGUGAUUAUGAGUUCCUCUACACCGAAACCCCCUUCUUCCGACGAGAUCUUGCUCGAUUCGUUUCUCAUGUUCUGGGGCAAAUAUCCCAUCACGAGACGCUUAUGGCAAAGCCACGAACAUACUUCAUCUCAACCACAUUCCCAGACGUUCAUGCUGCCCUGCCGAACAUCGACAUCUUGACUGUGGGAUCGGAUGCUGUUGAAAUCCGUGUGGACCUUCUGAAAGAGCCUCGCGGCGACGGCACUUUCUCCGAGAUCCCAAGCCUGAGCUAUGUGGGAGAACAGGUAAUGCUGCUCCGUCAGCGAACCGAACUGCCAAUUAUCUUCACGACAAGAUGUACCAAAGAAAACGGCCGGUUUCCGAUGGAUAAUCCUGACUUGUACUACGAGUAUCUUUACCGAGCCAUCCAGUGGGGUAUUGAAUACAUCGAUGUCGAGCUCUGGCUCCCCGAGCGCAUCAGGAAGAAGCUGUACGAGCAGCGCGGCAACAGCCGCAUCAUGUCCGCAUUCCACGACUUCUCUGGCACUUUCAAGUGGACCUCAACACAGGCAGAAGCGAUUUUCGAAGAGUCCAAAAAGUAUGCGGACAUCGUGAAGAUGAUCGCUAUCAUCAACGACCAUAACGAGAACUUUGAGCUCGAGUACUUCCGGUCCAAGAUACGAUCUCUGCAUCCUAACGGACCGCCCUUGUCAGCAGUUAACAUGGGCGAGACGGGACAGUUUUCUCGGACGCUCAAUAAAUGCUUCACACCCAUCACUCACCCCUUAUUACCCAUCAUUGCAGCCCCAGGUCAGAUGAGCGCUGCUGAGAUCAACCAAGCACUUGCUCUACUUGGCCAGCUUCCCAAGAAGAACAUGUACGGUAUCACGAGCCCUGCGAUGCGAAGCUCAACACCCCAAGCCCCUUUCUACGAGAAGUGCUUCAACGAGCUCGGUCUCCCUCACCAGUUUGUCGUCGUCGAGUGGCAACCAAAGGCAGGUUGCAUCGGUGCCUGGGUCAAUCAACGUAAUUUUGGUGGUGCCUACCUCAAUCCAGCCGUCUCUAUAAAAUCGCUUCUCUCCCACAGCAGCUUCCUCUCUUCGCUGAACAACGGCGUUGGCCCUGUCCUGAGUGAAGCUGCUCGCCUAAUCGGCGUGGUUGACACCAUCGUCGUGCGCCAGGCCUCAUCCAGCACUGGGGCAUCUGCCACAGCCUCGAUCCCCUCCAGCCCGCCGCAUACUCGUAACGGGGGUGACUCCCUCACAGGAAGUAGUACUCUGACAGGAUCCGGGGCGAUGCAAUCCGGCCUCCCUCCCAACACAUCCCUGAUUUUGGACAACGCCUCAUGGAAGGGUAUACUUAGCACAUUAAUCCGUGACUUAGCUCCAUCAGCAUAUUUUGGCUGUGCCGCUGUCGUGUUAGCCUCCUCAGCAGAAGACGCUGCUAGCGCGCUAUUUGCUCUAAAAGCACUCAAGGUCGGGAAAGUGUACACCGUCGGCUUCAAGACGCCACCCGCGUUCGGAAAGGACCUCUUAAUUGAGCCAUUUACCAGUUUAGAAAGUAUCCAACGUGCUCGAACAAUCGGCGGAGGGGCAGAGGUUGCCGGUUCCGGAGCCGGGUCCCCAUUCCUUGUGGUAAGCGCCCUCGGCCCGGAGAAGAGUGCCUUAGUCGGGAUGCUGGUGAGGUUAUUCGGCUCUAGAAAUCCUGCAUCAUCUUCUUCGACAUCAGGUGGAGGUGCAAAAAAAGUGUUCCUUGACCUGGCCGACCGGAGUGGGAUGAACUCGGUUGGCAAAGGGGGCGAUCCAGCGGUGAUUGCUGAGCAGAGUGGGUUUGCGGCGUACGGCGCGGCGGAUGUGGCUGCUUUUACGACGGUCGAGACGCUGAGGUUGUUGGUUGGGCAGAAUGUGCCGUAUAGCUUUGUCCGGUUGGCUAGUGGGAGGACGUUGUUCUGA